CUUUCUUUGCCCCUUCCCUUUAUUCUUCAUUUUUUUUCCAUCUACUUCUCCUCGUCGUGGCCUCGCUCUUGGUUUUCCCUUCCUGGUUCGGAGAAUUUCGAGUUCCUUCCCCUGCUCUUAUUCUUUUCGGCUUGAGCGCAGAGAGCUUCAGAUCGAGAGAAGCAAAGCUUGCCCAAGUGAAGCAGCAAAGGAUUCCUUUAAGGCGAACAAGGGCUUCGUGUCGACUCCCUGGAUUUCUUCAAUCCCGUUUAAACUAAAUUUGGAAUUUUGCUCCGGGGUCACAAAGAGUUUUCAUAUUGAUUGGUGAAGAGUUUAGAUCUAUUAUGGUUGGAUUCAGAUGAAUACAUUUGCUAAUCAUGUCUCCUAAAACAAACACUUCCAGUGAAUACCAGCCACGGCACUAUGAGUCCAGUCAGGGGAAGUAUGGUGAAGAAUCUUUAAUAAUGGAUGGUUCACUUAGUCGUAUGUCAAGUUGUGAGAGCUGUUCAUCAAGCUAUGGUGAUUUACAAACCACUCUGAAUGUGCAGUGCAGUGAUGCUCAUGAGCUUUCAUCUCACGGGGAGAAUGGCUUUAGCACCUUAAAAACUGAUAAAAAACAGAGAGAUUUUAAUGCAAAGCCUUCCCAUGAUGGAAGCAAUGAAGGUGGUUCCGGACAUCAAAUUUCAUCUGGAAAUUUUUUAUCAUCCAGUUCACUGGAGAGUACCGAAGAGGAUAACAAACAAAGCAAUGACCUUUUGGAUGAUUCUCAAUCCAAAAUUUCUAGUCUUGUUUUAAAUAAUAUAGAAAAUCACAUGGAUGGUGAUAUUCUGGCGUGGCUUCCUGAUUUUGAAUCAGAUCCUUGCAUCUGGGUACCUCCUGAACCAGAAAACAUGGAGGAUGAUAAACCCAGCAUUGCUGACAAUUAUGAGGAUGAUGAGUACAGCGGUUCAGAGUGGAAACAGGCUAGCUCUUUAAGCAGUUUGGAUGAGCAUCAUGGAUUCAUUCAAACUUCUAGAGAAAAAAGACAAAAGGCAAUGUUAGAUGCGAUGAAUGGGCAAUUCAAGAUUCUUGUUAGUCGUUUUUUGGCAUCAGAAGGUGUUACUUUUUCUGUAUUGGAUGAUGAUAAAAGUUGGGUAGAUAUUGUUGCUUCCCUAUCAUGGAAAGCUGCAUUGCUUGUUAAGCCAGAUGCUACUGAAGGGCGGGCAAUGGAUCCCGGGGCAUAUGUGAAGGUGAAAUGCAUAGCAUCUGGUACUCCACAACAGAGUGAACUGAUCAAUGGAUUAGUAUUUAAGAAGAACGCUGCUCAUAAGCACAUGCAGACCAAGUUCAGAAAUGCUAAACUCCUACUUCUUCAGGGGAUCCUUGGCCACUCGGCUGUUGGUUUAUCAUCAUUUAACUCCAUGGAGCAGGAAAAGGACUAUUUGAAGUCCAUGACUGAAAUGAUAGAGGCUUGCCAUCCAAAUGUGGUCUUGGUGGAGAAAAAUAUUUCUCGUGACAUACAGGAAUCUCUGAUAGAGAAAGGAAUAACUGUGGUGUCUGAUAUGAAACACCAGCGCUUGACAAGGAUUUCUCUCUGUACUGGUUCUCCUAUCAUUUCUUGUUCUGACUUUCCAUCAAACUUGACCCUUCCACAAUGCGAUUUUUUCCAUAUUGAAAGGUUUGUGGAAGAAUAUAAUAGUGCUAAUGAAGGUGGAAAAAAACCAAGCAAAACCUUAAUGUAUCUAGAAGGAUUCCGGAAACCAUUGGGUUAUACUAUAUUGCUGAAGGGUGCUGAGAGUGAUGAUCUGAAAAAGAUUAAGCGUGUCGUUCAGUACACAGUUUUUGCAGCAUACCAUUUGAUCCUUGAGACUUUGUUUUUUGCAGAUCAAAGAGUGUUUUUCACUGAUAAUAAUGCUGCAAGAAGAGAAAGUGGAAAUUUCAAUAAUGAACCAUUUCACUUUAUUAGAUCUGAUGCUACAGGGUACUUGGAUAACCAUGAAGGUUGUUUGUCUCUCAUAGCUUCAGAGCAAUCAGUAGAUGUUCCAAUAUGCAGUGGCUCAUUUGGUAGUUUUACAGAUGUGGUGACAUCAUCAGAUUCUCAUUUAGGAUAUACAAUUUCUGAAAAUUCUGGUAUUGUUGACACAAAUGUGUUAGACUCCUUCCAAUCUAGAAAUUUGCUAUCUCUUUUCUCUCCUAGCCGUGAAGACAAUUCUACUACACCUAAUUCUGAAUCUGGUUCAGUAGAAUUUGUCAUUCAAAAUACAGUAUCUGAUGGCAAAAGAACUGACCAUGAUGUCUCAGAGAACUCUGAAAUUAAAGAAGAGAAGCUAGGUGAUGGAGCCUUGGAUUAUAAGGACAAUGGGAUUAUUGGGGAUUCUAUUGUGGUUAAUAAUGAUGCCCACAUUUCUAAACAACAGAAUGAUGAUAUUGAGAGUGUGCUGGAUUCACAGAGUAUUUUGGUUUUACUUUCAAAACAGUGUACAACGAAAGCAACCAUCUGUGAUCAGAGUCAUCUUUCCCGUAUUAAAUAUUAUGGGUACUUCGACAUUUCACUUGGACGAUUUCUGAAAGAUUUGUUGCUUGAUAAGAAUAGUUGCACUUCUUGUGGUGAACCACCAGAGGCACAUGUUUUCUGUUACACACACCAGAAUGGGAAUUUAAGUGUAUAUGUCAAGAAAAUUUCUCCUGAUUCUCAUUUGCCAGGUGAAUCUGAAGGAAAAAUUUGGAUGUGGACUCGUUGUUUGAGAUGUAAGAAUGGAAGUGAGAUAUCCACAAGGAGAGUCCCCUUAUCUAAUUCAGCGCAUAGUCUUUCAUUUGGGAAGUUCUUAGAGCUCAGCUUUUCAGGUCAUUCUGCUGCUAGUAGGUUAUCUGAAUGUGGGCAUUCAUUGCACAGGGAUUUCCUUCGGUUUUUUGGAUUAGGCUCAAAGGUUGCGAUGUUUGUUUAUUCAUCAGUUAAGAUAUAUGCUGCCUGUAAGCCGCCACCUGUUUUGGAGUUCCAUGAUCCAAAAGGUCAAGAGUGGUUUAAGAAAGAAAUGGAAGAUGUUCUUUUUCGAGGGCACAAAUUUUUCUCUGAAGUCUCGGACUUGUUGCAGAACUUGAAGUCUAGAUAUAUUGAUCCUCAUGCUAGACAAUGUGCUAAGAUCUCAGGUUCACUCAAGGAGUAUGCUGAAGUUGAAGAGAUGCUGAUAAAGGAAAAAACUGAAUUUGAGGCUUUUUUGCUGAAGGCAAUAGAUAACAAUGGUCAAGUGGACAUAUCUACUUAUGAGGUUCUUGAUUUAAAGUGGCUUAACCAGGAGCUCCUUCUUGAGUUAUACAUUUGGGACAGCCGUUUAAAUUGCCUUUUCCAGGAUAUGAAAUGUCAAAAGGAAAGUGUGGUUGUAGUUGAUGAAGUUUCAAGAGCGCCUAGUCAUGAAGAUGAAACAACCUAUUGUGCUGACAACACACAAAUUGAUGUUGAUGUUCAGUCAACCAAAAUUUGUGUUGAGACAAUUGAUAGCUCCAAUACGCUUCUUGAUAUUGGUUUGGCUGAUUUGGAACAACCAGCUGGAAUGCUUUCUGUUAAAUCAUGGAAUGAUGAGUUGGUUACAUCUGUCCUUGAACUAGAGCAAAGAUCAGGUUAUUUGCCUUCUGCUCCCAGAGAAAAUAAUAAGACUCAGGAAGUUUGCGCAUCUAUUUCCAGUGACAUACAAAAUCAUUCUGUACAAACUGUAGAGGAUCCUUUUGUUGAUAGAACAACUGAUGAGCUGAAACAUGACGAGGCAGUUACUAAAUCUUCUGUGAAUGAUAAUUCAAGUGUUUAUGCAAAAUCAGAAGGUCCAGAAGAUUUGAUAUGGGCUCCAUUUUCUGAUUUAAAGAGGGAAUACAGAAAUGACCUCAAUGAUGGUUCAUUUAGAAAGUUCAAAUUUAUGAAUACAUAUAUUCCAUCCCAUCUUUCUCCAUUGCACCGACCUAGUGAAACAGACUCAUUGUAUUUUCCAGUGGGCCCUGGUGGGAAUGUCUUGUCUGUUUCCCAGGAUGAGAUAUCAAGUAUAAUUGCCUGUGCACUUUCCGCAUCUGAAGAUCAUCCUACCUUGCCAGAGAAUGAACCAAUGGAACUGCAUAAAUCUUAUAGCUUAACAUCUGAAAGUUCUGGUAUCUCUACAUAUUGGUCUUCUAUGGGAUUAUCAGAGACAGAAGGAAUAAAUAUGUCACACAGUAUCUCCUCACUCUCAUUAGAUGAGUCAUUCACCUCCAUUUCUGAUGGUUCAAUAUCUGUUGAUCAUAUGCCAGCUUCAGAUAAUCUCCAUCCUCAGGUGUCUGUGGGGAUGGAUAAGGUUUCUGGGAGAAGCAUUUUCUCUGUAGCUUGCAUAUAUGCAAAGCAAUUUUACACUCUCAGAAAGAAAUGCUGUCCUUCUGAACUUGCCUACAUAUCCUCCUUAAGCCGUUGCAAGAAAUGGGAUGCUCAAGGAGGGAAAAGCAAAGCUUUUUUUGCAAAGACACUGGAUGACAGGCUUAUAAUUAAGCAAAUAAAAAAGGCAGAAUUAGAUUCCUUUUUAAAAUUUGGCCCUGAUUAUUUUAAGCAUGUUUUUCAUUCUUUAGAUUUGGGAAGCCAAACAUGUCUUGCAAAAGUCUUGGGAGUGUAUCAGGUUCGGCAAACCAAAAAUGGGAAAGAAAUAAAAACUGAUCUCAUGGUGAUGGAAAAUCUUUUGUUUGGACAUAAAGUUUCACGAACAUAUGAUCUGAAAGGUGCUAGCUUUGCUCGAUACGUUGCUGAUGCAAAGUAUAGCAAAACAGUUCUUUUGGAUCAAAAUUUUGUGGAGGACAUGUGCAAAUCACCUAUAUAUCUUGGCGGGAAAACUAAACAUCUUCUUCAGCGGGCCAUUUGGAAUGAUACUUCAUUUCUCACUUCUAUCAAUGUCAUGGACUACUCUCUACUUGUUGGAGUGGAUGAUGAGCGAGGAGAGCUUGUUUUUGGCAUUAUAGAUUAUUUGCGGCAGUAUACAUGGGACAAGCAGUUGGAGACGUGGGUGAAAGCUUCAAUGGUCGUUCCUAAGAAUGAACUACCAACCAUUAUUUCACCUAAAGAGUACAAGAAGAGGUUUAGAAAGUUUAUGGCCAAAUACUUCUUAGCGGUUCCUCAUAGUUGGAACUGUGAACACUGCUCACCGACGUGCAUAUUUUGUGUUGAUGGCAAAAAAAGUUAUGCCAAAGUUCAUAACACGGAGUUGGCAGAACAGUAAUAAUCCGUCCAGGCCAAAUUUAAAGUUGAUACUUCCUCAGCAGAAAAUUCAAUUUCUUAUUCUUUUCUGUACUUGCUUCAUUUGUAUAUAGUUAUUGCUUCAUCCUCCUGAUAUUUGCGAUUUUUUAAGCAAAUUUGUAGGUUAAGCUAGUUCCACUCUAUUUGUACCUAUGGGUUUGUCUAAAAUUGUACACCGAUUUUAAACCAACUCAAAGUAUGUUCUUUCUUGUCAAUGUUUAUCA